AUGCCUCUCGCAAAUCUUCCCUUCACAGUCCCUAUUGAGCCCAUCGGCACUCCUAAAGUCGGUCACGGCGGUUAUGUUGGACUAAACCCUCACUCAGAAGUCCUUCCAGCAGGUUGGAAACACGACAGUCCUCAAGCACGGCCUUUACCGUCACCUGUUCUCGUUGACCAUGAUGUAGCGUUCAAGAUGCGCGAUGGCGUUACUCUAUACGCUGAUGUGUAUCGGCCACCGAAUACGGAUGAGCCUGUUCCUGCUAUUAUCUGCUGGUCACCUUUUGGAAAGAAGUUCAAUGGCAUUUUAUCUCUAGAACUCAUGGUUCCUUGGAAUCUGGGCAUUCCGUCACAGACCCUUUCUGGACUUGAGAAGUUUGAGGCGCCUGAUCCUGCUGAUUGGGUUCCGCGCGGUUACGCUGUUGUCAACAUCGAUUCUCGCGGAUCAGGCGACAGUGAAGGAACCUUGGUUAUCAUGGGCACUCAAGAAGCUGAGGAUGGAUACGACACCAUUGAGAGCAUCGCCAAACUCCCUUGGUGCAACGGCUCUGUUGGUCUAGCAGGAAACUCUCAUCUGGCUAUCGUACAAUGGUUCAUCGCAGCGUUGAACCCACCCAGUCUCAAAGCAAUUGCUCCAUGGGAAGGCUGCGGCGACUUGUACCGCGAACAAUUUGCCCGUGGCGGUAUCUACGCCGGUGAUUUAUUUGAUAAGCUUAUUGUCAAGUAUAUGAUGCAAGGCCACAGCGGGAUCGAGAGCUUCCGAGAGAUGUUCAAACAGCAUCCUCUUGCGAAUGAGUGGUGGAACGACAAGCGCCCGGAUAUGAAGAAGAUCAACAUUCCCACUUACAUCACCGGUACGUGGACUAACACAAUGCACGGCAUGGGUGCUAUUAGAGGCUGGCUUGAGGUUGAUACACCGCACAAGUGGCUUCGCUUCCAUCCUUGGCAAGAGUGGUAUGACAUCUGGGGCAACGAGCAAGCGAGGACUGAGUUACUUGACUUCUUUGACUACUUCCUGAAGGGCAAGGACAACGGCUGGGACAGGGUACCAAAGGUCCGCACGGCUGUUCUGCGAUUUGGUAAGAAGGAACCUCAGUCAUACGAGAACAUUGUCGAGGAGAACUUCCCCAUUCCAAGAACAGAAUACAAAAAGCUCUAUUUUACGAAAGACAGCAAGCUUUCUCUCGAUCAGCCAACCGAGACAUCAGUGGUCAGCUACAACUCUGAAACCGAUGAUCAGGUCAGCUUCAUAUACCGCUUCGACCAAACAACAAGAUUAGUCGGUCUGCCCAAGGCAGUUCUCUACAUGUCCUGUCCUGACUACGACGACAUGGACGUGUACGUCACCCUCGAGAAGCUCGAUUCAAACGGAGAAGUCAUGAUGAACCUCAACAUUCCAUGGAAGGGUAUCCCCAAACAAUCUUUUGAAGAAAUGGAUCCAAAAGAAAAGAUAGAAGUAGUUGUCUAUCGCGGUCCAAUGGGUGUACUCCGAGCAUCGCAUCGUGAGAUCGAUGAGAGCAAGAGUAUGCACCCGCACUGGCCGUUCCAUCCUCACGAGAAAGUAGAGAAGAUCAAACCUGGGGAUGUUGUUAGACUUGACAUUGGUAUUUGGGCUAUGGGUAUUGAGUAUGAAGCUGGCGAGUCAAUUCGAGCUGUUGUUUGUGGGAGGAAUAUUGGCGUGAGUAAUUUUGGAAGUUUGGAGCAUUUAGAUAACCAUGGGAAACAUGAGGUUCAUGUUGGCGGAGAGCACGAUAGCCAUGUUAUUCUGCCAUUUGUUUAG